AUGCCUCUGUCUUCGCCGGUGGUGGAGGAAUGGUCAAAAUCUGAUGUGCUGAUGAAUCGGGGAAGUCAGGGAAGUCUGGUUGCACUACCAAAGCAAUACAUCGAGCGCGCAGAUGUGGUGACCAAUUCUGAUGUGAUUGGGCCCCUUUUGGAACAUCUUGGAACACGUGUCACGAUUGAUGGUAUCCAUGAACAAGUGGAGAUGUUCUUGACCUUUGCCCGGCCACGUAGCAAAGUCCGUUUGGAAGCGUGGAAGAUCAAGCGGCUAGUGACGAUCUUCAAUCGUGCUGCCAAGCGUGGACACUACCCCAGAGAACCCGGCAUGCGUGAAAUCUAUCAGCAGGAUGAAGAGGUGGAACCUGAAGCACUCAAACCUUCAUCAGGUGAAGAUGCUGUGAAUGAAGCUGCUGACAAGCUCGGUCAACUCCAUAUCACCUCAAUUGAGGACAAGGAAGUGAAGAAACUUGAGACCAGUUUUGUUGCUUCAGAGAUGGUGGUGUCCUUCUCUACUUGCUGGGUGGAAGAGAUUGGGAAGAUUUGCCGGAAGGAGCCUGAUGCAGUCUGGCAACUUGUUUGUCAGGGGGGAAAGCGAAUCAGAGCCAGCAUCUCACCGACUGCAAUCUCAUUUUCAGAGAUCCCUCAAGAACAGGAGUUCCCGCUCUUGGUGGAGCAUGUCCCUGAGACUACUGUCAUGGAGGAAGAACUUGAGAGGCUACAGCUUGAACAGGAACUCUUAGAGGAGCUUUUGAUUCAACAACAGCUUGAGGUGCAGAACGAACAGCUAGAGCAGAAGGCCAAAUCUUUGUCUGAUUUGGCUUCGCACUUGAACUCGACCAUUCCAGCUUCUAGCUCUGCAGCCCCUUCGAAUUGCCUGGAUGGCUUUGACACUGUCCCCUAUGAUGGAGUGCUGGAUGGCGGGGCUGCCUUUGCAGAAAGUCAGGUACCAGAUCCUGGUACCCCAAAGCGGUUCGCUGAUAUGAAAGGUGGAGAGGUGACAUUGCAGCUUGGUGGUGUGAGCCCAGCUGAUGCUGGCAUUGACGCAAAAGAAGCUGCUCCCAAAGUGGAGCCACCAAAAGAAGAGGCAAAGAUACCUCAGCCAGAGCCAAAUCCAAAGAUUGCUGAGCCUAGUGCUUCUCGACCUUCAACUCCAGCGACUCCAGCAGUUCUGCGGGAGUUCAUGGGAAUGGGCUUUAGCAAAGAUGAAGCAGAGGCUGCUUUGGCAGAGUGUGAGAAUGACUCUCAGAAGGCUUUGAAGGCUCUUCUCGACUCCAAGAAGGACAGCACAGCAGUUAAGGCAACGCAGAAGAAAGAAGAAGUCUUGCCAGAAGACCCCAAGCCAGCAAUUCUGAAUGGUCUUCCGACUGUGACCCCACAAGAUCAAAAGAAAAGCCAGAAAGCUUCAGCAAAAGGAUCUGGACGAGGAGGCGGAAAAGGGCGUGGCAAAGGACGUGGGAAUGGGCGUGGUGGAGGACGUGGGAAGAAAAAGGAUGAUGAGUCUGACAGUGAGACUCAGCACUAUACAGAGGAUGAGGAAGAGGCGAACAUCGAAGAGGAAGAAUGUAGCCCAAAGAAAUCUGCAAAGAAGGCUCCAAGAUCGGCGCAGCGCAAGCCCCGAAGGACCUCUGUGGAGCCCAAGCAGAAGUCAACCAAGCCCAAGAGCAAUUCAAAGAAGCAGGAUGAUGGAGAGAAAGCUCGAAAGAAACGUGGUGGUGAGGCUGAUGAAAAGGCAGUGAAGGCAAGGAAGACGAUGGUCAAGAAGGAGGAGGAGGAGGAGGAGCCAAAGCCUGUGCGGAAAAGGGCAAAGAAGAAUCAGAAUCAGGGUGAUGAGACCCAUGAACAUGGCAGCGACUUGAAGCAGGAUUCAGCACAGGCUUGCAAACGGGAGCCAAAGGGAAAGAAAGUGAAAGAUCAGAAUGAGAAGAUUGAGACAAAGGCAACCAAUGGCAAACGUGCCAAAAUGACUGAGGAGGAGGAGAAGAAGAAGAAAGAGAAGAAUGCAGAGAGAAGUCGAAAGUCUUCGGCCUAUGUUGCAGCCAGGAAGGAGGCACUGGAGAAUGGGCACAGUGAGGAUGAAGCGAAGAAGAUUGGACGAGCGGUCACCAUGCCCAUUUCUGAGACUUGGGCCAUUCGAGCGCUCAGUGCAGAAGGUCAUAUGCGGCACCGGGGUGAAGUGGACACGUCCCUGACUGACAAGGAGCUGUUUGAACAGGUCCCCCUGGGUGACCCAUGGAUUGAUGGCUGCCUGUAUGAGGUUACGGUACCAGAGCCUCAAAGGGUGGAGUACAACAGUGCCCCGAUCUUGGAAUCAAGCAGUGGUGAGUAUGUUGCUGGCCAUAGAGCAACCCCUUUGGCUGCAGUGCCUGUGGAGGAUGUUGAGGAGAAACCAAACACAAAGUUUGCAGCCAGCUUUUGUGAAUCCCAGGAGCUGAAUGACACCCAUGUGGACUCAGUUCCGUUGGAGGAGCUGAACAAAACACCAAACAUGUCUGGUGAUGCCAUUGUUAUCCCAGAUUCGUUGCCUGACGCCCCAGAGCCUGAGGUCCCUGAUAACCAGCUCGGUCUCUCUCAGACUCAGCCAGCUACAUCCCAUGAGAUCUUGCCAGGUGAGAAACUACGCCAGCUUCUUCGCGAGCAUGGGUCUUUGAAACAGCUGGAGUUGCAGGUAUCCCGCUGGGCCAAGCGUCUUCAAUCUGAGGGGAAGGAGGGUCAGUGGGUAACCCGACUGGCCAACUCUAUUCAUUUGUAUACUGAUGAAGGUGCUGUGCCAGGGCUUUUCUACCUGCCUUGCAUCUCUCUCAACCUGCAGGAUCCUGAUGGGAUCCUUCUGGAUACCAACCUUGACCCGGAGGAGGAAUUCGGGACCAAGCCUCGUUCUUCUGAUCCAGACCACAAAGAGGCACUGAUCAAGCAGGCCACUGCUGCUGCCUCGAUUGCGGACCAGAUCAAUGGGCUGGUUAAGAUUUUGAACACCAAGUACACAGCUCUCAGUGAGCAGCAGGCAGAUUACCUCAGCAUGGAUGACACAAGGGGUCUGGAUGAGAAGAAGAAGAAUAUCAUGAACCUGUUUGCAGCUUGCACCAAGACUGAUGUGACCUUAAACAACUACAUCACCCGCCUGGAUAUCGAUGAGGAAGCUGAUGAUCAUCACGUAGAACCAGGCCUGGUGUUGCUGCAGUCUGGUGGAGGUGGAGUGGUGAAUGUCGCAGGGGAUGAAUCAUCGGAUGACUUGGUUGAUGCUCUUCUUCAAGAUGCGGAGAAUGGAGUUGCCACGGCGCAUGGGGUGCUACGUUUGGCUGGGGUCACUGCAAAAAGAAACAAGAAGCUAGGUGUGGUUGACACCAAUAUCAACAAGAUAGCCCGCUAUCGGCUAACAAAGUCGGGGAAGACUGGAAAGAAUGCAGCCCGGGAUUUCCGCAGGUAUAUCUUUCGAGAUGUGAAGACCUUUCCAGUAUCCAUUAGUUCUCCUGAAAUUCCACUUCGUCAGAAGGUGCGAACAAAGCAUGGCAGGCGUAAACGCUCUAUCCGCGAGAUUGUGGUGAAGUACCCAGUCAUUUUGUUGACCAAUUGGAUGAAAACCAUUCUCCAGAAAUCUCCAAGAUUCCUUUUGGGUGGCCAUGAUAUUGGUGGCUCUGCCUACAUGGGUAUGCUGGAAGAGUUUUGGGAUAACUUCCGGCUUGUAGAUGAUUCACACCCAAUCUACCAAAAAGACCCAAGCCGACGAAAACGAACGAUACCAAUAGCUCUACACGGAGAUGAAGGAAGAGGACUCUCAAGGGCUCCAGUUCUGAUCUUGAGCUACCAAGUGUUGAUCCCUUUCACUGGUGUGGAAAGCCUGAAUGCUUCAGUGCAUUCCUUUUCCACCCGACUACUGUACACCGUCUUGCCUUCGCAGUGGUACGCCAAAGAUGAUGCCAGCAUUGAUGGACUCCAUCAAGCCCUGGCAGACGACUUUUGUGCUGCUUUUGAGGAUGGUGUUUCAGUUGAUGUUGAUGGUGCUACCCAUCUCUUCUAUGCAGGAUUCACCGGUACAAAGGGUGAUUGGGUGUGGGCCAGGAAGGCAUACCAUCUCCAGUCCGGUUUCCGUUCGCUUCGGCUGUGCCAUUUGUGCCCAGCAGUUGAAUGGUGGAAUAUGUCGCCGGCUGGAGAACUUCGCAUGUGGACUCAGCUUUCUCCUUCACCAUUCAAGCCAGACAAGUAUAGCCCCCUUCGGUCAAUUCCAGGGUCUUCUUUUGCAGAGGCUAUAAAGCCUGAUCCUAUGCACUGCUUUCAUUUGGGAUUUGGUGGUGACCUCUAUGCAAGCUCCCUUAUAGCCCUUUGCCGGAUGAACAUUUUCACUGGGACCCGCCUUCAAUCCAAACUGGACCAAGCGUAUGAGAGGUUUGACAAUUGGUGUGCAGAAUUUAAGAAAUCAUCGUCAUUGACGUCCUUUCAGGCAAAGAACUUCAAAAUCCAGUCGACUCUUGAUCUGUAUCUUUUGAAGUGUUUUUUGUCUGGAUGUGUUCUGUAA